AUGUCGUCGCAGACCAUGACGGCGCCAGCAGUGGGCCAUCGACCGCCUGACCCAGGCCCCGAUACGCCCAUGUACGACUAUGGCGGCUCUCCGAACAACCCUUCGCCUCCGACCGACUCUAGGAGCGACUCCGCAAUCCGCGACAUGCAGCAUAAUUCUGCCCCAACCUCCAAGGGCUUGUCCGCCACUCCAAUCGGAAUCAAGAUGGAACCUGUCGAGCCUCAGGACCUGGCCGGGUCGGAAACUCAGAAGAAUAUCAACACGCAGUCCGCCGCAGGUGCGCUACUCGCCCAACUCCUCGGGAAUCAAUCUGCGCCGACGAAUUCUGUCCCGACAAACGGGUCACCAACGACAGAGACUGGAACGGGGAUAGCGACAGGGUCAGGGCACCAGGAGGAGUUGAAAAUGGGCGACGAAGAUGAUCAGAUGGAUCAAAAGAUGGACUUGAACAACGAUUUCUCGUUCGAGCUCAAUCUGCCGCAGGAUGGACAACAGACCUCGGCUUCGGCAGGGAUGCAAAGUAUGUCGAAUGGGGGUAAAUCUACGGAUGAUAUCUUUGCGCAACUCGAUGCGACGCCGCAGGAUGGAACUCACACGGAGCAUCGAGGAUCCGUUGCCAUGGAUCUCUCCGAUCCUUUGAACCACGCAAAGACGGACCUCGACCAACAACCGUCUUUGCUCCCUGCCUUCGAUUUCGCCGUCACCCCGAAAAACGCCCUCGAGGCCCUCCAACAGAACGAAAUACUCACCGCAGCUUAUCUCUCACAGAGCGCCGAUCUUUCAGCUCUAGGGUACCAGGAUGGAUCGACCUCAGUGGCUGGAUCAGAACCUCGAAUCCAGGCCUUUGCGAAGCUGGAGUUUGAUGAUGGGCAUUUUUAUUGCAACACCUACUCAUUCAUUCUGGGUCGUGAUGUACGGGCAGCGCGCGCUGCGCAUCAGCGAGAGUAUCAGUAUCGGCAGGCCGUGCGAAGCUCUCGGGCCAAGAGUUCAAGCGGUGGUAAUACUUCUCAUACGCCUAAUCGAAUGAAGCGAGAAGAGAGCGCUGCGAUGAUGGGCAGUGUAGUCAGCGACCGUGGAGGUAUCAUGGGCUUUGAUCCGGACGUUCCUCCCAACCUCUCUGGCAACAACAUGCCCGGUAAAUUGGAUAUGAACCGACGAUCAUCAAAAUCCUCUUUUGAUGGAUCAGUGGUGCCGCUACACGCCAACCCGGCGCAACUACAGGCGUCCACCGACUACAAUGCCCUCGCCAUGCAGAGCCUCCAAGAAGGAAAUGGUGAUCCUAAACCGGUUGAUACAUUGGCUCUCCUCCCAUCGCCUGAUUCUUGUCCGACCAUUCCUAUUCAUCCUCCCUCGACAAUUGACGGUACGGCAGCAGGCCACCGUGGUAUUUCUCGCCGGCAUGUCCGUAUUGCCUACAAUUUUGAUCGCAAUUUGUUUGAGAUGGAAGUCAUGGGCCGCAAUGGAGCUUUUAUCGGUGCUGACUGGCUGUCCCCUGGCCAAGUCCGGCCAUUGCACAGCGGUGAUUACAUUCAAAUUGGAGGGGUGCGCAUUCGAUUCCUGCUUCCAGAUGUUCCCAUUGGUGAGACUGGUGCGGAUCGUAUGGAGGAGCAACUCGCCGAGGAAGAAGAGGGUGAUCAGGGCUCAGUCGAUGCCGAGCAUGAGAUCGAUGACACAGACAAGCCUCUCAGUGAUAGUGAGAGCAGGGAGCCUUCUUCCAAGGUGACCAAGAUUAUCCUCAAGACCAGGGACUCCGAUUCGUCCAAGGCUCUGGCUUCCAUUGAGGCUGGCGGGGAUGGCCAACCUGCACGUCGCCGGGGUCCUGGUCGUCCUCCCAAGGAUGGCAUCAUGUCCAAGCGUGAAAGAGCCGAGUUGGCUAGGGAGCAGAAGAUGGCUGCCAAGCGGGAGGCCAACGGUGGUGUCACUCCGCCGCCCCCUGCCCUUCCACCUAAGCCCCCAACAAGCAAGGCUGGAAAGACUGUCAAGGAGUCGGUUGUUGCCGAAUCACCGCCGUCUUCCGCAAAGCCCGCCGAGAAGCGCAAGUACACUAAGAGGAAGAAGGGCGAUGGUAUGGACUUUCCUCUGCCUUCAACAGAAGGAGGCCAGUUUACGACCGAGCAACGACCGGAAGAAUACGUCAAGCCUCCACCAGUCAAGAAGCGAAAACCCUCGCGGUCUCCGUCUCCCAACUAUCCUCCAGAGUCUGCAUAUACUCCCGAGGAUCUGGCCAAGCCGCCUUACAACUACGCUGUCCUGAUCUUUGAUGCUCUGACGGAAGCUGGGAACCCGAUGACGCUGAAGCAGAUCUACCGUGCAUUGAAACUGAAAUAUCCAUACUUCCGCUUCAAAUGUGAGACAGAAGGAUGGACAUCCAGUGUGCGACACAAUCUCAAUGGUAACAGCCAUUUGUUCAUGCAUGCCGAGCGAGAUGGCAAGGGCUGGUCCUGGCAACUUCGCCCUGGCGCAUCUGUCGAAAAGGAGAAGAAGAGACGUCCAUCGCCUCCGCCGCCGCAACCUCCUGUAUCGGUGCCGCCUCCUCAGCAUUACAUGCCUCCAAUGCCGCAUUCGUAUGCACCACCAACGGGUGCGCCUGCUCCAAUGCAGAACCAGCACCAGCAUCAGCAUCAGCAUUUCCAGUUCCCUUCGAUUCCAUCUGCCAACUCCUUCUCUGCAGCUUCAGCGCCUCCCCAACAACAGCAUACUAGCCCAUAUGCACCCCCUCCAGUCUCCACUGUCCCUCCUCCUCCUGCUGCUCCCGCUCCAACUGCUGCUCCUCCAGUUUCCGCGCCAGCGCCCGCUGUACCUCAAGUUUCUGCGCCUGCGCCUGCGCCCGUACCUGCACCGGCACCUGCACCUGCACCUGUGUCCGUACCAGCGCCAUCAUCAGUGCCAACUCCGGUUCAGAGUACAGCUCCGGCUGCUGUUCAUGUUCCUGCACCUGCACCUGCCCCCGCAUCCUUCCCUAUCCCAAGUGCUCUUCGUGGGAACCUCCCAGCUGCCUUUGCUCGGACAACCCCAGGAACUUAUACCUCUCCCUACGCCUCCAACCCGCCUCCGCAGGCUCCUCAACAGCAACAACCGCCUCCGCAGAAUUCGCAGCCACAGCCACCGCCAAUUUCAGGGCCACCGCAGCAACAUCAGCAGCAGCAGCAGCAGCAGCAUCACUCCCCUUACCCACCUCCACAAAAGGCACCUUCCACUCCACAGCCACAUAUCAAUACUCAAUCCCAAGCCUAUCCUCCUCCCGCUGUGCCGCAAUAUCAAACUCAGCACCAGCACUCAAUCCAACAACCGGUCCAGUUGCAACAUCAGCAGCACCAACAAAACUCGCAUCAACCUCCUCCACCACAUCAGCAUGUGCCACCACCGCAUCACCAGUCACAUCAACCACAUCCUCCACCGCCAGGACCUCAAACGCACCAUCAUCAACCGCCACCGCAGCACCAACCGCAGCACCAGCCGCAGCAUCAUUCUAUGCAGUCUGGUCCUCCACCAGUUGCUCCGGAAUCUCCCUCGUUUACUGAGCGCGCCAACAAGGCUAUCGACGACUUUGAGAAUGUUCUCAUGGAAGACUACGAGGAUAAGAACUACAUCCGGGAGGUCCUCCGCAGUGCGCGUGCCCGGGUCCUGGGCAAUGCCACUGAGAGCUCGUUCCCUGGCGGCGAACCCAAGGACGAAGCGGUUAUUAUGGAUGUGUUGCGCAACCUGGUGGGAAGCCUGAAAGACGAGUAG